AUGAAGUUCUCCGUACUAACGACCCUCGGGGCCCUGACGGUGGCCUCGGCGGUGCAAGUGAAUCCACUCCCCGCGCCCCGAAACAUCACCUGGGGAUCGUCCGGUCCGAUUCGCGUCCAAGAGUUGAAGCUCGAGCACCAAAGCGCCAUUGUCACCAGUGCCUGGAACCGGGCAUGGAAGUCUAUUACCACCCUGCAGUGGGUUCCGGCCGCAGUGGAAGCCCCUAUUUCCUCGUACCCAGCUUUCCCCACGUCCACCCCCAACGCGAAACGCGCGACCCCAGAGGCCCCAGCGGUUCGCUCCGUCCAGGUCCACAUUGCCGACCACCACGCGGAUCUCCAGCACGGAGUCGAUGAAUCCUACACUUUGGAGGUCUCCCAACAUGUCCCCGCAAUCCGAAUCACCGCGAAAACCCCCUGGGGCGCUCUCCACGCCUUCACCACUCUCCAGCAACUCGUCAUCUCGGACGGUAAAGGUGGUCUCAUCAUCGAACAACCCGUCAAGAUCCAAGAUGCGCCUCUUUACCCUCACCGCGGAAUCAUGAUCGACACGGGUCGAAACUUCAUCUCCGUGCGCAAGAUCCUCGAGCAGAUCGACGGACUGGCCCUGUCGAAACUAAAUGUCCUCCACUGGCACCUCGACGACGCGCAGUCCUGGCCAAUGGAGAUGCGCUCGUACCCCGAGAUGACCAAGGAUGCGUACUCGCCCCGCGAAAUCUAUACCGAGAACGAUAUGCGUCGUGUUGUCGCCUACGCCCGUGCACGCGGCGUCCGAGUCAUCCCAGAGGUUGAUAUUCCCGGCCAUUCCGCGUCCGGUUGGCAACAGGUGGACCCGCAAAUCGUCACAUGCACCAACUCCUGGUGGUCCAACGAUGUCUGGGAGCACCAUACAGCCGUGGAACCGAACCCCGGCCAGCUCGACAUCAUUUACAACAAGACCUAUGAGGUCGUGGAGAACGUGUAUCAGGAUCUCUCCCGUAUCUUCAGUGACAGCUUCUUCCACGUCGGUGCCGACGAGUUGCAGGCGAACUGCUACAACUUCAGCUCCCAUGUCAUGGAUUGGUUUGCUGAGGAUCCAUCUCGCACCUACAAUGACCUUGCGCAGUACUGGAUUGACCACGCCGUUCCAAUCUUCCGUGGAGUUGAGAACCGUCGCAUCAUGAUGUGGGAGGACAUUGUUCUUUCUACUGAGAACGCCCAUGACGUGCCAAAGGAUAUUGUCAUGCAGAGCUGGAACAAUGGGCUGGAGAACAUCAAGAAGCUCACUUCUGCGGGAUACGAUACCGUGGUUUCAUCCGCCGAUUUCAUGUAUCUUGACUGCGGCCACGGCGGCUUCGUCACCAACGACCCUCGCUACAACGAGCAAUCCAACCCCGACGGCAGUGUCAACUUCAACUACGGCGGGAAUGGUGGAUCCUGGUGCGCGCCCUACAAGACCUGGCAGCGGAUCUAUGAUUACGACUUCACAACCAACCUGACAGCCUCCGAGGCGAAACAUGUCAUUGGUGCCGAGGCUCCCCUUUGGUCGGAGCAGGUUGACGACAUCAACAUCUCAAAUGAGCUGUGGCCUCGUGCCGCGGCCCUGGGUGAGCUCGUGUGGUCUGGCAAUCGCGACAAGAAUGGCCACAAGCGCACUAACCAGUUGACUCAGAGAUUGCUCAACUUCAGGGAGUAUCUCGUUGCCAAUGGGGUUUUGGCCAAUGCCCUUGUCCCCAAGUGGUGCCUCAAGAACCCUCACGGCUGUGAUCUAUAUCAGAACCAGACUGCCAUUGCUUAG